CCAUCUGGCAAGACACCACCACCACCACCUCUCUCUCUCUCUCUCUCUCUCCCAAAACAAGAGAAAGCAAGGGAAGGAGAAGAGGAAUCGAAUCUCCGGCACCAAAAUUAGAGCUUGGACGCGCCCUAAAUCUCCUCGAGGUGCCCUCAUGGAGCCCCUCUCCAAGAGGCCGAGAUCCGAAUUCGAUGGCCCGGGCUUCCGCCACCUUGCCGCAGAUGGAAGAGAUGUUGGGCAGCAAUCUUUUUCACCAGCUGGCAAGCCAAAACCUUGCAUGAAAUUUUUCAGUACAUCUGGUUGCCCAUUUGGUGAAUCUUGUCACUUCCUCCAUUUUGUGCCUGGGGGCCUCAGCUCUCUUGGUGUGGCACCUGUUGCCUCACUUUCUGCUGCAUCUUCUGCUGCCAAUCAGAGAAAGCCAGCAGCUGGCCCAGGUGGAGAUCCUAGUGUUACAGUUAAUGGAUUCAAAACAAAGCUGUGCAAUAAGUUUAAUACGCCUGAGGGCUGCCGAUUUGGUGACAAGUGCCAUUUUGCUCACGGGGAAAGUGAUUUGCGGCCAGCAAAUAACUUGUCUCGAGGAAACAGAAGACCAAUGUCCAAUGGACCCCUAGUUCGUGCACCAUCUCCAGCCUUCAGCAAUAGGCCUAAUCCAGCUGGCUCCCCGACCCUUUCUGUGUCUGAACCAAAUUUCGCCUCUCAGGGCUAUGUGCAACUAAAUGAAUACGGUGCUCCAGAUAACAAUGAUGCCUCUGCUGUUUAUCCGGCUGGACCUGUGGAGUGCUGUGGGCAGGUAGAAGAUGGCGAUUAUCUUCUGACAUGAUUCCCAGCUUUGGUUUUGUUUUUGUUUUGUUUCAUCUGUAGCUUGUUUUAGCAGAACAUCAGAAACAUUAAGAUAUAUUUACCAGAAGAGAGAACAUGAAUGGACCUUUUUACUGCCAACUGGCUACUACAGCAUUCCUGGUUCUCCUGCUUGAGGGAACUAAUAGUGAAACAUUACCAUGUUCAUUAUUUAUUUCAUGCCUUGUAACCAUUGUAGAACUUGAUUUAAAUGUUGGUGUUUGUUGAAUAUAUGCUCCUUGUAAUUGAAGUCUGUAGCUUUGCGGUUGAUAAAUGCACUGUCUUUCUAUU